AUGUAGAAACCCUGCAAAGAAAAUGAAGGAAAGCCCAAGAGCAUCGUGCCACAGAGAGAGGAAGAACGCUCCUAUGGAGAAUUUCAAUGCCAGCAAACAGAAGGGAAUUUUAGGCAAAGGCUGCUUCAGUCUCUCGAGGAAUUUAAAGAGGACAUAGACUAUAGGCAUUUUAAGGGUGAAGAAAUGACAAGAGAGGGAGAUGAGAUAGAAAGGUGUUUGGAAGAGAUAAGGGGUCUGAGAAAGAAAUUUAGGGCCCUGCAUUCUAACCAUAGGCAUUCCCGGGACCCCCCUUAUCCUAUCUAAUGCAUUUCUCUCCUGAAUUCAACUAUUUUCCAUUAUUAAUAUUGCCGCCAUUGGUUUCUUUUUGUCUGCAUUUUCUUGCUAAAUAUUUGCUGCCUUUUGACUCCAGUCCUUCAGUGCUCCUUUGAUUCACAUGGGACUUGUUACCAACAUCUCAUCUUUUGACCCAAUCUCACUCAUGUAAUAGGGAUGUUCCAUUCAUUUGCAUGAGAAGAUGCUCACUGUAUAUUGUAAAGUAAAAAUAAUACAUUGCAAACCACAUUACACACAUAUACACCUUACAUGUACAUUUAUAUAUGGCAUAAUGCAAAGGAAAAUGUCUGAAUUAUUAUUCACCAAAAAGUUAACAGUGAAUCUCUGUGUGAUCUGUAUUUUCUUUCUUGUCUUUUUUUUUUACCUGUCUGCAUCUUCUCAUUGUUCAAAAAAUGAAUAUAUAUGUGUGUGUAUUACAUUUGUGGCACAAAAAACUUAAACAGACACAAUAAAAGGACUUGUUAACCAGCUCUGAAGGGCAGUAAAAACACUUCAUAAACUCUUAAUAACAGAACUAUAAAAAAUAAAUGUAAACUUCAAGUUGCCUCUGGAUAUCUUAGCCAGAGGAAUAAAACUGGCAAUUAUUA